AUGCAGGGCUCUAUGUGGUUUUUAGUACCAUAUAUUAUGUGGUACCUGGCAAGAUUUUUGUCUGGAAUCUCUCUAGGAUUAGGCUUCCUCGUUGCACCAAUAUACUUAGGCGAAAUAUCAUCGGUAAAAACGCGAGGUGCUAACGGAACAAUGAUAAGCAUCAUGUGCAAUCUUGGUAUCUUAUUGUCUUUUAUAACAGUGCCGCUAGGUCGUAAACUAAUAAUUCUCGUAUCAGGUAUCAUUACUGGCCUUUUAGAUUUAACGAUUAGCUCUUACUUUUAUGCUAAGGAUUAUUUUAAAGUUGACGUAUCCUCGUAUUAUGUUAUACCAGUAAUUGCAUCUAUUUCAACAAUCUUCUUCUGUAACUUUGGAUUCUGCAGUGUCUUGUUGAUCAUGAUGUCUGAGAUUUUCGCAGUUGAAGUCAAAGUACUUAGUUCAUGUAUUCUCGGUAUCAUUAGUGGUAUACUUGCAAUGAUUAAUGGCAAGCUUUAUAUUCUUUUAGCAAUAUCUUUGAAUUACGGUCAUGGUCUUCCGUUUCUUGGAUUUUGUCUUUUCGUUUGGGUAAAUACGGCUUUGUUGUACUAUAUGUCACCGGAAACCAAAGGCAAGACUUUUAUAGAAAUUCAAAGAGAACUUCAAGAUUAG